CAUGGAAAAUGAGCUUAAAAUAUAAGCUCUCCAACUAUCGAACCCAUCUACGAAAACUGGGAUGCCCAGAAGUGACUGUGAACUCUUUAAAGAACAAACCUGCUGGAAGAUGCAGUUCAGCCUUUGGUGUCAAAAAGGCAAAGAGAGCAGAAGAGAAUUUUUGUCCACCAUACCCAACAGAAGAAACUCAGGAAAGUUUAGAGGCGAUGCGGAAUGCUUUACUCUUGGAGACAAAGAAGAGGAACAACAGAGACUUGGUGAAACGCCAGAUGAAAAAAACUUUUGCAUACAGAAGACAUGAAGUUGUUCGUGAUGCACCGAUGGUGGAGGCUUUCAUGUCAAGAUGGCCUGGUCUAUUUGACAUUAGAGAGAUAAAUGCUGAGUUUAAGAGAACUACGACCAUACCGCUUCAUUCAAAGUUCUUCUCUCAACUGGAUCUCCACUGUGACAACCUGAGGAAGCUCUUCAAAAGAAGAGGAGGACAGCUCGGACAAAAGCUUAGACAAAUUGUUGCACAAAUGGAUGAUUGUGAAGAUGUUGAUGUUGCACGGGGUGUGGAUGAAGCUUAUAUUGAAGAGGGUAUUGGAGCCACCACCAUCGGUGUUUUUCAUCUUAAAGACUGUUCUUCAGCAGAUGAAGACAUCGGGGUCGUUCUUGAAGGCAUCAGAGUGUUGUCCAAUUUGGAUAGUGUGCCAACAGCUGUUGCAAUGCUUUUUGGACUGAUAUAUGCAAUGAAGCUCGCCUACCCUGCUGACCUCCGCUACACUUUCGAGGUAUUACAGAAAAUAGUAAUGGAACUGGAUGGAGGUAAACUGUCAAACAAGGCAUUGUCCCUUAAAAACCACCUCUAUGAGUGA